GGCAAAUGCGCAGGCGCAUGGCGCUUAAUUGUUUUGCUCUUUACAAAUCUAAGUGUGCCUUAAAUGUCAUAUCCUACUAUCUAAGCUAUUCAUUGAAUGACGGAUUUGGAAUAUAAACGAGAUUUCUGAAUUAGGAAAAAGCAAUCUAUUAUUCAAGAUGUUCGAGGAGACUUUUCAAAACUUCACGAUAAAUUUCAACGCUUUAAACCCAAAAGUGACCUUUUCGGGUGGAGAUCUCUUGUCAGGUCAAGUGCUGUUUGAUCUCACUAAAGAAGUAAAGAUUCAGUCCAUAAUUAUGUCGAUGAAAGGUAAAGCUAGCGUGUUAUGGCACGAACAAAAUCGGGGUACUGCUACAGGUCGUCGUGGUGGAGUAGGAAGAAGCAGAAGAAGACAAGGGGCAGCCAGAGGGAGAAGGAGAACAUACUCCGCCGAGUUAGAUUUCUUCAAUCUCUCCCAUAUCGUGAUGCAAGCUAACGAUGCAAGUGGUCACACCGUCUUACCUCCGGGGAAGCAUGUGUUUCCGUUUACAUGCCAGCUUCCACAAGGUGACUUCCCUCCGUCGUUUAACGGGACGUAUGGGAAAAUUCGGUAUUCCAUGGUUGUCGCCAUACACAGACCUUGGCAUUUGGCUAAAGAAUUUGAUACGGAGGUCCAGUUUGCCAGCCGCACGGAUGCCAAUCAUCCACAUCUUCGGAUGCCGCUCACAGGGUCUAAUGCCAAGACACUCUGCUGUCUUUGGUGCACCAGUGGACCAGUGUCCAUAAACGCCCAGGUGGAGAGGAAAGGCUUCAGCCCAGGAGAGACAGUGAAAAUUAUUGCAGAAAUUGGUAACGCCUCCAGUCGCACGGUGACGCCACAUGCUAAACUGGUCAUGGAGCAGAUCUGCUACACCUCUGGGAGGGCGAAGAGGAAAUAUGUGUCAAGUGUAAAGUCGAGUAAAGACGGCCAAUCCAUUGGUCCCAACACCACGGAUGUACACAGUGAGAUCAUGCUUCACAUCCCAGAGAAUGCUGCCUUAACCAUUGCCAACUGCCAGAUCAUUGACGUUCAGUACUAUGUUAUGCUGUCUCUGAAGAUUUCCCGCAGUUCAGACCUGGAAGUCAAAUUCCCCAUUGCACUGUGCGGCAUUCCCUUCAAUCCCAAUCAGGCCCCUACUACUGUCCAACCUCAGAGCCAGCACCCUGGACAGUACCCAAAUCAGCAACCUGGCCCAUAUUCAAACCAACAAGCAGCUCCGUACCAAAAUCCACCACCAGAUUUGCGGAAGUAUGAGGAGAAAGGGGAGCUGGCACAUCCGGUGGUUUUCGCAUCCUUGGUGCUCAUCUCCGUGAUGCUUUACUUCACGGUUUCGCUCAUGGACCCGGGGUUUGUGCUCAGCGACGUUGAGAUAUCAUCUACAAAUGAAGAACUGGAAGAAAUGAUGCCACAGACAGCUCGUCUUAGACGUUGUGGAUACUGUUUACUACUGCAACCAAUGAGAGCCAAGCACUGCAAGGCAUGUAACAGAUGUGUGAGACGGUUUGACCACCACUGUCCCUGGAUAGAGAACUGUGUCGGGGAGCGGAACCACCGCUGGUUUCUGCUCUAUCUGGGAGUCCAGCUGCUGGUUCUUCUGUGGGGCCUGCAGACUGCCUGGUCUGGCAUUGUUUCCGCCCCCACAUGGAAACUGUGGUUUGUGCAGAACGGCUUCCUGCUGGCGGCUCUGGGGGUGACUGGCGUGUUCUCAGGCGUCGUCGUGCUCCUGCUAGGAUGCCACCUCUACCUGGCGUCCAGCAACACCACCACCUGGGAGUUCAUGGCACGCCACCGCAUCUCCUACCUCAAGCACUGCGAUUCGGAGGAGAACCCCUUCGACCGAGGGCCACUCUGCAACCUCUGGGACUUCUUCUGCGUGUGUCGGACUGUGGCUUGGGAGAGAGUGUACGCCAAGUUCCGAGCAAGUGCAGUGUGUGACUGACUACUGAAUAUGGAGACAGUACUGGGAGGCUUAACACACUGGCUACUCAGAUUCUCUUGAAAAAUAUGUCACGGCGGUGAUGAUUGGUGCUUCACGACACAUUCAGGAAGGAGUUUACCAUUGUGCUGCUGGAUGCAUGAUAUGCAGAUCAUGGACAUGGUGUAUUGCUGAGCAACAUUGGCCAUCCAUGCAUCUGAUUGUCUUUUCAUAGAGAUUACAGUUAACAUGAAUCGUCUGUAAUACAUUCCCAAAACGUCCUUCACUCAUUUUGACCCUAAGUGGCACACUACAUCGAAUAUUUCUCAUCUUUUUCAGAUGCAAAAGUUCCCCUCAGUUUUUUGUAGGUUUAAAUGUCUGUUUCAGAAUAAUCAAAAUGUAAUAAUUUAGCUGUUUCUGGGGAAACAUUUACUGAAUUUGUAAUGAAAGGUUUGUUUCAAAACUUUCUCUUGCUUUAAUGUAAUUUACUACAAAUUAACUUUAAAUAAAUAUUUGUAUUUA